UUGGCUCUCCCGGAACGGCAGGGCUCUUCGUUCAAGGUUCAGGAAGAUAACGAGAGAAACAGCACAGCCAUGGGUGAGAAGACCCAGGACUGCGUUUUGCUCUGGCUGUGUUUGUUCGGGCUCGCCCGGGGCUCGGGAGCCUUCGUGUUCUGGACCGCCAUGGUGGAAAUGAGCUACUCCACCGGCAACAACGAGACGGUGGACAAGUACUGCGAGUGCGGGGUGUACGGCCGCAACUCCGCCCUGGACAAAGCCUCCGGCCUGGUGGCGCUCCCGACGGGGGACGGCAAGGGCUGCGGCCCGGACCCCGUCUACGGCCGCAACUCCAGCUCCCCGCCCUGGAUCGCGCUGGUCAAGCGGGGCAACUGCACCUUCAGCGAGAAGAUCAACGCCGCCAAGCGGCUGGGGGCGGCCGCCGUGGUGGUCUACAACGUGGACGGCAGCGGCAACAGCACCAGCCACAUGGCCCACGGGGACGCCCCCGGGAUCGUGGCCAUCAUGAUCGGCAACAUCCAGGGCCGGCAGAUGGCCGGCCUGAUCAAGAACGGGACGGCCGUGCGGCUGCUGAUCGACGUGGGCAGCCCCCACGGGCCCUGGAUGGACACCUACUGGCUGUACUUCCUCUCCAUAGCCUUCUUCAUCGUCACGGCGGCCUCCAUCGCCUACUUCGUCUUCAUCUCCGCCAACCGCCUCUACGGCCUGAGCCGGCACAGGAUCACCGAGAAGAGGCUCAAGUCCGAGGCCAAGAAGGCCAUCAAGCGCCUGCGGGUGCGCACGCUGAAGAGGGGCGACGAGGAGACCGCGGGGGACAGCCAGCUGUGCGCCGUGUGCAUCGAGUCCUACAAGGCGGGCGACGUGGUGACCGUGCUGACCUGCGAGCACAUCUUCCACAAGGCCUGCAUCGAGCCCUGGCUGCUGGACCGCAGGACCUGCCCCAUGUGCAAGUGCGACAUCCUCAAAGCCCUGGGGGUGGAGGAGGAGCCCAAAGAGAACGUCCAGCCACCGCCGGAGUCGCGACCAGAGUCGCCACCAGAUGUCACCGUGGUGACGGUGACCGGGGGGGAGCCCAUCUACGAGGUCCCGCUCAACGAGCCCGAGGGCCGGGAGCCCGCGCGCCAUCAGCAUCUCUAUGACAACCGGGCCUUCGAGGCAGACGCCGAGGCCGCCAGGGAGUGA